UGUCAAACUUGUUUUUUAAGAGACCAAUGAUUUGUAUAGAAUAUGGAUUUUAUUUCUUUACUAAGGAGCAAUAUUAUAUUGACUAAGAAAAUAAAACCCACAUUAUUUCUCCCGUGAUAAGAUUUUUAUUUACCUAUAUUGAAAUCCACAUGAAAAGGAUCAACAUUUUCAAUAAAAUAUUAUUGUGAUUUUCUAUUGUAGAUACUGAAGACACAUAUCAGCAUAUAUAAUUCCAAACUGAAGUAACCUGAUAUAAUAACUGGAUGCAUACGUGGGGUACACACAAUGAAUUCUACAAUCCUGGUAUUGCUGGUUAGUUGCGUCAUCAUCAGUGUUGAUGCAGCAUUUCAACCUAACCCACAGAGAAAAACUUGGUGGGCAAAGCAAAUAACAGAUGAUUUCUACAUAACAGGUCGUCUUUCAGCUAGACAAAUAAAGUAUGCACAUGAAGAUGGUUUCAAAUCUAUUUUAUCUGUUGUCAACUUUACUGAACCUAAAACAAAUGGAUUAGAAGAGUUCCCAACAACAGCUGAUUGUCAAGAAAUAGCAAAGAAUGCUGGGAUACGUUAUGAGGUUGUGGUUCCCCCAUCUGGAAAUUGGAAACAGGAUCUAGAGUUUGUUGGUCAAUUUACAGUUUUAGCUGACUCACUACCCAAACCAAUAUUGGUUCAUUGUGAAAUAACCAUUGCUGCCAUGUUUGCAUUGAUGAACUACUUUGCAAAUAAGUACAGGAAUGAUACAAGUUUUUCUCCAAAGGUUGAUGCAAAAAGCUUCUUUGAGAUAGGUUCAUUGCAUGGAAUGAACUUUAAUGAUACGGAAAUGAAGGAAACUAUCUCUAUGGUAACUGGUGAGAAGAUUAUUGGAAGUGUGGCUGUUCCAGGUAUUCCCAUGGGGUGGGAGUGGUCAUGGAAUUGGCAAAUUAAGCCAGUAUACAAGGACAUCUUCAUCGCUGGUCAGAUUUAUUCUACAAGUCUAUCAACAUUGAAUAACACUGGCUUCAAAUCAUUGAUAAACAACCGGAGAGGAGUUGCUUUUGGGCGUCAUG